CCCACAAUGCACCACUAAAGGACGAAAAGUAAACGUCCAAGGUACAAAUCGUUCCUACCAGAAAAAAAGUGCUAAUGAGUGAACUAUAAAUGCAGAUACGGGUGGGCCUGGUCGUGUGUUAGUGUUUCGUGUUCAGCACAGAGGCAUUGGACUGUUGUUCUGUCAGCGCUACUAACCAGCUCGUCGUCUUCUUGAGACAAUCAACAUGGCAGAGUCGAAAACAAAGGCAAAGCUGCUGCCUGAAGAUGUUGACACGGAUGACUGUCUGACUUCAUACACUUACAUCUACAGUCCGGAUUUACUGAAAGACCAGGUUGCUUUUAUCACAGGUGGAGGAUCUGGAAUCGGUCUGCGCAUAGCUGAAAUCUUCAUGAGGCAUGGCUGUGACACAGUGAUUGCCAGCAGGAACUUGGACAAGCUCAAUGAGGCUGCUAAAAAGCUGUCAGCUGUGUCAGGGCGGCGCUGUCUUCCACUGUGUAUCGACGUGAGGCAGCCCGACAGCAUCAUGGCUGCUGUGGAUGAGAUCCUGAAAGAGUUUGGCCGUGUGGACAUCCUUGUUAACAAUGCUGCUGGGAACUUCCUCUGCCCUGCUACCGCACUCUCCUUCAAUGCCUUCAAGACCGUUCUGGAUAUAGACACGUUGGGUACAUUCAACACCAGCAAGGUGGUUUAUGAGAAGUGGUUCAAGGAUCAUGGUGGCAGCAUAGUCAACAUCUCUGCAACGCUUGGAUACAGAGGACAGGCCCUGCAGGUGCACGCUGGCUCUGCCAAAGCGGCAAAUGGUGGUCUUAGAGUGGAAGCUGCUGGUGCGUUCCAGUCCAUUCCUUUGCAGCGAGCUGGCAACAAGACAGAAAUGGCCCACUGCGCUCUCUUCCUGGCCAGCCGGGCGUCGUCUUACACGACUGGAGCCAUCCUGGUGGCGGAUGGUGGGGCCUGGCUGACCUCAGCCAACGAUGUCUCCAUGCUGUUGGGUAUAGCUUCCUCUAAAUCUGCUAGACUCUGAACGGGGGCUCUCCUUUCCUCCUCCUGACGCCUCCCUCCCCAGGUUAUUGGUCAGCUGAACACAAAAGAGACAAGUAAUUGCUGAAACAAAGAAAUAUUGCAGCCAUCUGUAGUACUGAAAUGCCACGUGUACAGUAUUUGUAGUUCAUGUAAUCUACUGGUGCCUUAAGUCAGUAUUGAGACUCAUGGAGUUGAACACUAAUGUACUAUAUUUGCUAUACUAUAGUAGUUUACAGACUUAGAAAUUAAAAAAAUACUUUAUUACAAAUAA